AUGUCUGCUCAGCAAUACCCUCCUUUGUCAAAAUCUCUUGUUGCUUCAGCACUUUUCGCUCACGUGGAGCUUGUGACGAAAAGAAACAGUUAUCCCUUUAAAUUGCUUAGGCUUGGAGUGCGCGGCAUGGCGUUAUUCUUGCAAUGA